AUGAAGUACGUUCUGGUUUCUGGAGGUGUCAUCUCCGGCGUUGGCAAGGGCAUUAUCGCCUCAAGCUGUGGAUUGCUCUUCAAGACGGCGGGUUUGACUGUCUCUUCUAUCAAGAUCGACCCCUACCUUAAUAUCGAUGCUGGUCUUAUGAACCCUCUAGAACACGGUGAAGUGUUCGUUUGCGACGACGGUGCAGAAACAGAUCUGGAUCUUGGAAACUAUGAACGCUAUCUCGGCGUUACUCUUGGCGGUGACAACAAUAUCACUACCGGCAAGAUCUACCACCAUGUCAUCACCAAGGAGCGUCGUGGAGAUUACCUCGGAAAGACUGUGCAGAUCGUUCCCCAUCUGACGAAUGAAAUCCAGAACUGGGUUGAGAAGGUCGCUAAGGUUUCUGUGGAUGAGUCUGGAAAGGAGCCUGACGUUUGCAUCAGUAAGUAUACCGGAUCAAAUAAUGUGAAUGUGUUUGCUAACUCUAUAUCAGUCGAAUUGGGCGGUACCGUUGGAGACAUCGAGAGCGCACCAUUCGUUGAGGCCAUGGCUCAGCUCCAAAGACGAGUUGGCAAGGACAACUUCCUUCAGAUCCAAGUCAGCUAUGUUCCUCUAAUUGGCUCGGAGCAGAAGACCAAGCCUACCCAGAGGGCCAUCAGUGAUGUCCGUAGUGCUGGUCUCAGACCUGAUAUCAUUGCAUGCCGCUGCGAGACGCCCCUGGAGGAGGCUACUAUUCAAAAGAUCGCCAAUUCUUGCCAAGUGGAACGGAACCAGGUUGUUGGCGUACACAACGUCUCUACCACAUAUCAGGUUCCUAUCCUUCUGGCACAACAGGGAUUUCUCAGUACCCUCAGUGAACUCCUUAAAACUGAUGUCAUCCCCAAGGAUCAAAAGCUUAUUGACAGUGGUAAGCUCAUCUGGCAGGAAUGGCAGGGCUUGGCUAUGAACCAACUGCAUUCCCUUGAGACGGUGACGAUUGCCUUGAUUGGCAAAUACACAAGCUUGCAUGAUUCAUAUAUGAGUGUGAGCAAGGCGCUGGAACAUGCGUCCAUGCAUUGCCGCAAGAAGUUGAAUCUGAUCUGGAUCGAAUCGACUCAUCUUGAAGAUGAGCACAAGACAAACAACCCUGCGGAAUACUAUUCCGCGUGGCAUAACUUGACCACCGCUAACGGAGUUCUUGUGCCCGGUGGCUUUGGUUCGAGGGGUACGACGGGUAUGGUUUUGGCCGCCCAAUGGGCCCGUACCAACAACGUUCCCUACCUUGGUAUUUGUCUUGGUAUGCAAUUGGCUGUUGUCGAGUUUGCCCGACAUGUCUGCGGUAUGGAUAAGGCAAGCAGCGCCGAAUUCGACGAGACCUGCGAACAGCCUGUUAUCAUAUACAUGCCUGAGAUCGAUAAGACUAAGAUGGGUGGUACAAUGCGUCUUGGAAAGCGGGCGACUGUGUUCCAGUCUGGUACCGAAUGGUCUCGUUUACGCAAGCUGUACGGGGAGAAGCAGGAGAUCUGGGAAAGACAUCGCCAUCGUUAUGAGGUGAACCCUGAGCUUAUCGGCCAGCUGGAGCAGGGUGGACUGUCCUUCAUUGGAAAGGACGAGGCCGGCGAGCGUAUGGAAGUCAUUGAGUUGAAGGACCAUAAGUGGUACGUCGGUGUACAGUUCCACCCUGAGUACCUGAGCCGAGUCCUUGCGCCUAGCAAGACCUUCUUGGGCUUCUUUGCCGCUGCGGCCGGAUGCCUUGAAGAGAUUACCGAGGCUUAUAAGGACCGUCACGAUCUCAACCGCACUACAUUUACAAUGGCAGACAAGGAAGCAACUGUGUAUAUUGUGGACGUUGGGAAGUCCAUGGGAGAAUGUCGCAAUGACCGAUCAGUGACUGAUCUUGAAUGGGCCAUGCAAUAUGUCUGGGAUCGCAUUACAGGAACAGUGGCCACUGGCCGCAAAACGGCCAUGAUGGGUGUGAUCGGACUCAGUACAGAUGAAACGGCCAACGAACUUGAAGAAGACGUGCAUUUCUCUCACAUCUCAGUUCUGUCGAACAUCAAACAGUUUCUUAUGCCGGACAUUCGGAAACUGGAGGAUGAAUUGAAACCAAGCAAAACGGACAAGGGAGACGCUAUUUCCGCUAUUAUCUUGGCUAUUCAGAUGAUCAUCACGCACUGCAAGAAGUUGAAGUACAGGCGUAAGAUCGUUUUGGUCACUAACGGACAGGGGCGCAUGAGUGAUGAGGACCUGGACGAGAUAGUGAAAAAGGUCAAGGAGGAUAACAUCGAACUUGUUAUUAUGGGGAUUGAUUUCGAUGACCCUGAGUACGGUUACAAAGAAGAAGGCAAAGACCCUCGCAAGGCUGAGAAUGAAACUCUCUUGCGUACCCUCGUGGAAGAUUGCGAUGGAGUCUAUGGAACAUUCGAACAGGCUGUAGCUGAACUGGAUAUCCCCCGUGUCAAGUCUGUCAGGUCAAUGGCAAGCUUUAAAGGAUAUCUUCAACUAGGUAACCCAGAGGAGUAUGACUCCGCGCUCCGUAUUCCUGUUGAACGGUACUAUCGGACUUACCCGGCCAAACCCCCGACCGCAAGUUCUUUUGUCCUGCGCUCAGAGCCUGAAGCUGGACAAGAAGAGGCAGAGUCAUCCGGGGCUGCCCAAAAAGGGGACCAGUCUGGGGAUGCCGGACUCAUAACGGUGAGAACGAUGAGAACAUAUCAAGUUGAGGACAAAAGUGCACCGGGUGGGAAAAUCGACGUCGAACGAGAUGACCUCGCCAAAGGAUAUGAGUAUGGACGGACAGCAGUUCACAUAAGCGAGACUGAUGAGAAUAUCACGAUUCUUGAUACAUUCGCAGGGCUGGAAUUGAUGGGCUUCAUCCAGAAUGACCAGUAUGAACGUUAUAUGCACAUGUCCAGCACAAACAUCAUAAUUGCACAACGAGCCAACGACAAAGCAUCUCUUGCCAUUUCAUCCUUUAUACACGCGCUUUUUGAGCUAGAAUGCUAUGCCGUUGCUCGUUUAGUUGUGAAAGAGAACAAGGCGCCGGUUAUAGUCUUGCUGGCGCCCUCGAUCGAGCCUGAUUAUGAAUGCCUGCUCGAAGUUCAGCUACCAUUCGCUGAAGAUGUCCGAACGUAUCGCUUCCCUGCUCUGGAUAAGGUGGUAACUGUUUCUGGAAAGGUUGUGACGCAACACCGGAAUCUUCCCAGUGAUGAUUUGCUCGAUGUGAUGGGCAAGUAUGUGAACAGUAUGGAGCUUGUCGACACAGAUGAGGAUGGGAAUUCGGUGGGGACUUUCCCUAUCGACGACUCCUACUCACCUGUUUUGCACCGGAUUGACAACGCCAUCCGUGCUCGAGCUAUACAUCCAGACCAGCCCAUACUUCCUCCAUCAGAAAUACUGACCAAAUAUUCACACCCGCGAGAGGAUCUCAUCCAGAAAUCGCAGAAACACCUAGAGAAAUUGAUCGAGAUAGCCGAUGUUAAGAAGGUUCCUCCCAAAGCAAAGGGUCGCAAGCGCACCCGUGAAACCGAAAAGCCGCUUUCUGGACUCGACGUCGAUGCCCUGCUUCAUCAUGAAAAGCGCGCCAAGAUCUCUUCCAACAAUGCCAUUCCCGAGUUCAAGCAAACUCUCGCACAAGCGGAGAAUAUCGAGGCCAUCAAAGACGCCACAAAACAGAUGAUGGUCAUCAUUGAAGAUCAGAUCAAACAUAGUCUCGGUGAUGCUAACUACGACCGGGUUGUUGAAGCGCUGGGAACGAUGCGUGAUGAGUUGGUGUCGUACGAAGAGCCUGUCUCGUACAAUGACUUCCUGGGCCAGCUCAAAGAUAAGUUGUUGCAGGAGAAGCUUGGAGGAGACCGACAAGAGCUGUGGUGGCUUAUUCGACGAAACAAGCUGGGACUUGUUACUCAGCGCGAGUCGGACCAAUCUAGGGUCACCGAUGCGGAGGCCAAAGAAUUCAUGUCCGCAAAGUGA